AUGUGCUGCAUUCUUCACAAUAUGGAAAAUAUUCACCAUAAUUUAUGUCCUUCAUAUUCUACACCACAAUUAAAACAAAGUCGUCUUGUUCAUCAAAAUGGAUUAGCAGAACUUUCUCAGUCAAACAAAAUAUACUUGUUAGAUACUAGAAAUACUAGUAACUAUAUUUGGGUUGAUAAAUUUGAACCUAAUAGUAUAUCUGAGCCAUCUUCAAAUACGAAUACCCCUUCAACAAAUACAACUAUAACUGCUCCGGAUUCUUCAAAAACUACUAACGUUAUAAUUGGUACAAUAAGCGGAAUCGUGGUUGCCGCAGCUUUAAUAAUAAUUGGAAUCUUUGGCUUUAAAUGGUAUCAAAAGAGAAAACAAAAUAAAAUUAUGAGGAUUGCCG